UGUUGAGGCAACUGCUGACUAUCUCGGCACAAGGGUAGCUCGUUUGUCAUAUCUAAACCCAGACGAGGCAAACAGAAAUAUCUUUAUUUACAGAAUCCCCAAAAGGUGAACGAUAAAGCUCCGGAGUUCCUGCGUGGAAGGAAAAACGAGACGUGGCGAAAUCUGGUGAAUAUCUGCAGCCGCAUGCUCCGGCUCAGCAAACCAUGCAGGAUGAUUUACUGAUGGACAAAAACAAAGCCCAGCCUCACCAUCAGCAAGAUCCGACGCAAGUAGACCCUCCUCCCUCCACCCCGACCCCGUCAUCGGAGCCCACUUCUUCUUCAUCGGAGUCGGAGAGCCCGUCGACCGGGAGCAACCAAGCGACUUCAGCGCUGAGCAGCAGCAGUAAGGACAAAGUGCCGAUGGAGUCGCCGAUCCUGCCCGGGUUGAGCUUCCACCACCAGCCGCAGGAGACCGGCGGCCCCCUUUCCUCCCCGUCCUCCUCUUUUGGGAGCACUUGGUCCACGGGAACCACAAACGCCGUGGACGACAGCUUUUUCCAGGGAAUACCCUCGGUGAACGGGACGAUGCUUUUCCAGAACUUCCCCCAUCAUGUCAACCCGGUCUUCGGGGGUAAUUUCUCCCCGCAGAUCGGUCUGGCUCCACAGUCCCAGCAGCAUCAACAGCAAGCCCAGCAGCAGCAGCAGCAGCAGCAGCAGCAGCCCCAGCAGAGGAGAUCCCCUGUCAGCCCCAGUCAGGGUCCCUUCCCCCAGAGAAACGCUUAUCAGACCAUCAUGAAUAACAGCAAAGGGUCGUCGACGUCCUCUUCUGCCUCGUCGUCCGCUUGGAAUAAUCACCAAAACGCCGCAUGGAGCACAGCCUCCAACCCCUGGAGCGGGCUGCAGGCAGGCAGGGACCCGCGCAGAGCGGUAGGCGUCGGGGUAGGGGUCGGGGUGGGAGUCAGCGUCGGGGUGCCGUCACCCCUGAACCCCAUCUCCCCCAUGAAAAAGCCCUAUACCAGCAAUGUUAUAGCACCCCCCAAGUUCCCAAGACCAGGUCCCCUCACUCCCAAGCCCUGGAUGGAGGACAGCGCCUUCAGGACUGACAACAGCAACAACAUACUGCCUUUCCAGGACCGGAAUCGGCCCUUUGAUGCUUUUAGCUUGCACUCUUUGGAGACUUCCUUAAUGGAUAUGAUAAGGACUGACCAUGACAAAGGUAAACCACACCCUGCCGGUGGCCCACCAAUGACUAUCGCUGAUAUUAUAUGGAGGAAUCAUUUUGCAGGACGCAUGGGCCUCAACUUCCAUCAUCCUGGAGCAGACCACAUAAUGCCAUUGAACACCCGGAGCUAUGGCCGCAGAAGAGGUCGUUCCUGUCUUUUUCCCUUCGAAGAUGGUUUCCUCGACGACGGUCACGGUGACCCCUCCUUGACCCCGGGGCUGAACUCGCCUACCCGCUGUCAGAACGGAGAGAGGAUGGAGCGCUACUCCAGGAAGGUCUUUGUCGGAGGCCUCCCCCCUGACAUAGAUGAAGAUGAAAUUACCAACAGUUUCCGUCGCUAUGGGCACCUGGUGGUAGACUGGCCCCACAAAGCUGAGAGCAAAUCCUACUUCCCACCUAAAGGCUACGCCUUCCUGCUCUUUCAGGAAGAGACUUCUGUCCAGGCCUUGAUCGACGCUUGCAUCGAGGAGGACGGCAAGCUCUACCUGUGUGUGUCCAGUCCCACCAUUAAAGACAAACCGGUCCAGAUCCGUCCCUGGAACCUGAGCGACAGUGACUUUGUCAUGGACGGCUCUCAGCCUCUGGACCCCCGCAAGACCAUCUUUGUAGGAGGGGUGCCGCGGCCUCUGCGUGCAGUGGAGCUGGCUAUGAUCAUGGACCGGCUGUACGGAGGUGUUUGCUACGCCGGCAUCGACACUGACCCAGAACUCAAAUACCCGAAAGGAGCCGGCCGUGUGGCCUUCUCCAAUCAGCAGAGCUACAUCGCUGCCAUCAGCGCUCGUUUCGUUCAGCUGCAGCACAAUGACAUCGACAAAAGGGUGGAGGUGAAGCCUUAUGUCCUGGACGACCAGAUGUGUGAUGAGUGCCAGGGGGCACGCUGCGGGGGGAAGUUCGCCCCCUUCUUCUGUGCCAACGUCACCUGCCUGCAGUACUACUGCGAGUACUGCUGGGCCAGCAUCCACUCACGGGCCGGCCGAGAGUUUCACAAGCCACUAGUGAAGGAGGGGGGCGACCGCCCUCGACAUGUGUCCUUCCGCUGGAGCUGAGGGGGGUACACGAGUCAGCCCUGCCCCGGUGAACACACACCCUACCCCUAAAAAAAAACCUCCUGCGCCCCUCCUACCCUACAGGCCGGGACAGCGCUGCAACCCCCCCUACACACAGCCUCACCUACUCCACCCUGCUCCCCACAAACACCUCAUGAAAAAAGCAAAAAGGAUACCGUCAAAUACAUGGGACUUUCUUCAUGCCACAUGGCUCUGAACUCAUUGUCUAUGGUUCCCCUCUGAUGAAGCAUUGUGGGGAAACGAAAUGCGAAAGUCUUUCAGCUUAGAAUUUGCACUUUGGCACAAAAUCUCGCUAAACACACACACAUACACAUACACACACACUCACACACACACACACACACACACACACACACACACACACACACACAGGAUGGUAUGUUAGACACCAGGCUACUUUCAGUUCCCCGUUCUGUUGACUGGGCGGUGUGGUACGUCCUAUUGGACCCCUCCUUACUGAGACAGAGGUGGGACCAUACAAAUAUUUAAAAAGUAUAUAUUUUUUGUUUUGUAACUAUCUAUACAUAUAUAGAUAAUUUAAAUUUUAUGUAAAAGGAGCAUGCACUUAUUUUCAAGAGCUGUAGUUAUAUAUUGCCCCUACUAAAAAAGAAUUACCAAAGGCAAAUGAAAUUAAUGCAUACAGAAAUAGGUGGCAUAAGAUGUAGCAAGACUUAACAGCUAUCCAGUAGUGUGGGCCCGUAUCGCCCAGAGUAAAAAUAACACGGCUAUAUUCGCUCUCAAUUUUGACUCUGAAAAUAUUAAUACCUCAUAUGCGCAAUCAGAUUAGUUUGCUUUUGAUUUCUAGGUCUUUAUUUUUAUAAUAACAUUAUUUUUUAGUGUUAUGUAAAUGUAAUGCUGCAAUAGCUUUGCUGCUAAAUCCAUGGUAUAAACAGAUACCAUAAGUACUUUAUUCAGGCUAUGGUGUAAAAUAAUAAAUAACAGAUCACAAGAAGCACCUGGUGUUGUAAAACGACGAGCUAUCAUAGGGGGAGGGGGCGCCCCUAGACAACGAUGGCUACCUUUUGUGGGGGUCGGGGUGGGUCGCCCCUAACUGCAUGUUUAUUUCAAUCAGGUUGCUGCAUGCAAUAGACUUUUCAGUAUCAUGUCUACUAUUCGAUUCUGCCCAUGUUUGCACAACACACUAUAGACGUACGUUCAACUCGCACGAAACUGGACAGAAACAGGGAGGACUGGUCAGAGGAAUCAUGGCGGCUCCUGUCGCUGGGCGGGCUGACGGGCAACGCCACGGGGCGGCCAGAGCUGACGCUUCCUGCACAAACAGGCAGCGAACACAUCCAGGCAACAGGGGAGAGAAAAAAAAACAACCUUAAUAAUCACAAAUCAAAUUAAAUGUAGGAUUACCAUUUAAAACUGUCUAUGAUAGGUGAAGUACUUUUUUGCAGUGAUUGUUGAUAUAAUUGUGCAAUUUUUUAUACCGUAUGUAGUUAGGUCUGAGUAUGCCUAGAACUGUGAUUCGCUUUAACUGUCGUUAAUGUCCGACAUAGAAGUCCUGUGAAACUUCAUAACUAGUGUAUGCACACGUAUAAAUGUUCUCUUGUACACACACUUGCACCAGUAUACACAGAAGCCUCUCGACACACAGACACACACAUGAACACACACGGACGGCUGUCUUUCUUACGCACACAAACAGGCCUACAAACACAGAGUCUGAUCUGAAGAGAAGACGCAACAAUGUGAGCUUAAACUGAGAACUGAGGUCUUUUUUUCUUUGAUUUGUUCCACCGUUGACAAAAGCGCACGUUUACGUCUCGGAAUGCAACCAAAGAGCUCGCGUGUUCGACUUUUAACAGACCACCCUAACACGCGUAGCGAACAGCCGCCUGCAGCUCGUGCGGGCCUCCUGCAGAGGGGCUGAAGGUGCAGUCGAUUAGAUGAGGAAAAAAAGAGGGCAGUUGGGAAGAAGAAUCGGGAUGUCGUGGGGAUAAAACGAAACAUUGAAGCUACUGGAGACUUGAGGUUGAUAAACUGAGCUCUGCACAUGCUCUCACUACAUGGCUGGGCUGGGGCGGGUGGGAACGGGGGAAUGACAUUGCCAGAACAUGCAGAUGUGCAAGCUGGGGUUACCAUAUUUAUCCAGAUUUUUUUUCCUGCAAAGCUUGAAGUAAUGGACCUGCUAAAAAAAAAAAAAGGUGGACAUAUAUCUUUUAGUUUUUAUCAAAAGGUUAUGGUGCGCAGUUCAAACAGGAUUGGGUGGGCGGGGUGGGGGUGCAUAGAAACUUAAGUAUUGGCUGCUGAAAACAGGGCGGCUCUGGUUUGGGGGCAGGGGUGCUGGGGCCAAGUUACACUGGUUUUAGCAGUUUUGUGGACAAUCCGAACGGGAUCCUACAUCAUUGCAAGUUAAUGUGUGUCGUCCCUCCCCUCUUUUUUUUUUUGUCCGUGACUUGUGAUUGUCCCGUGCUGGCGCCCUGCAGUCCCUUUCCUCUUUCUUGUUUUAGUCGCAAACUGUUUGGUUUUUUUUAAUUUGCUUUAGGAUAGAUGUUUUUGUUGUCCAAGAAAAACUAAUUGAAACUAAGCAGAAGAUACUUUUUUUACUGAUAGAAAAAAAAAGACUUAAAAAAGACGAGGCUAACCAUGAGUAAUAAUAAGUAUCCCUAUGAAAGUGAAUUCUGGGUGUUUUUGUGACAUUUCUUUCCCCACCCAGACAGGUUUUCUAUGUUUGUUCCUUCUCUAUGAUAGAUAUUUGUUAUGCACUACUCUUUGUAUCUGAACAGUUUUUUCGACGGUCAGCAGUUCUUUUUGUUAAAAGACAAAAAAACAAAACAAAAAGCAACGAUAAAGCGUGCUUUCUGACUGACAAGAUCUUUUGCAAUACCUCAAUUUUGAAAUAUAUUAGGAGAGAAACUGAUAUUUUCUAAGUAAGUUUAUUCAGAUGAAAAAAAUAUAUAUUAAUUUAAUUCUUCAAGAGAAAUGAUUUAACAGAUGGUUGAUUUUUUUAUUUUUAUCAUGCUUAUUUGCUUUUAUUUUAAGAAUUUAUUUUUUUGAAAAAGACAACAACUGAAGGAGCUAGAGCUUUAUAACUAAUAUAAUGAUGUAGUUAGUGAGAGUACAGUCUACUUUAUUACAGUGGAAGUGAGGGUGAGCGUCCCACUGGUCAAAUUGGUCGAGAAGAGCUCUUUAGGAAAAAAAAAUCUAUCAGGUGCUCAGAGAGAAAACUGAACAUAUUUCCCACGUUUUUGUAUAUUUAUAAUCAAUCAUUUACUAUGCUGACCAGAGUUGUGAAAGAGAUCUUCUGUUCAUUAUUUUUUUAAGAGAAGUUUUUUAUGUUUCCUAAAAGUAUGUGCUCCCUUUUGUUUUGUACAAAAAGCAACGUGACCCUGAUUUGUUAGCCUGACGUCGUCGGGGAGGAAAAUAAAAAAGAGACUUGUGAGAGUCGCUGUACGGCACGAGGUAGAGAGAGACAAGAAUGUUAUUUUUAACACAAAACAGACACACGUGUUUUCACCUGUAACUUGAUCGAAAGCCCCCAAGGUGCAUCAAUUGACUGGUGGCCUUCUAUUCACGCAAGACUUGAAUUAGUCCCAUUUUUUAAGGCUAAGAACCUUGAUUCUUUGUUGUAAUGUGCAAUACUGUUUGUACUGUUUGUAGAAAAGAAGAAAACAAGAAAAAGAGGCAUAAAUCUUUAUUGCAGAAUUAUUUUCAUUGCAAGCAUUGUGAUUCACUAAAAUCAUUUUCUACUGUGUAUUUACCUACUCUACCUGCUAGUACCUUCCAGUAGUAAUGUAGCCUUUGUACUGAGAAAAUUUUCAUUAUUUUUAGAAAGUUUUGCUAAAAAAGAAAAGAAUUUAAACAUAUUUACAUAUUUUCAUUUUUAUUUCGUAUUUUUUCUUUUACAGACUUAUUUCUCAACCAUUAAUAGUUAUUUCUGGGGGAGACUUUCAUAUCUGGUCAAUGUCAUUAAUAUUAUUUUGUAUUUUUACUUGGAAUAAAUUAAUUUUAUGAUGCUAAUUCUUUAAAAGUUUAUUUUUUUCAUUUGUUCACCUUUUUUCAUUUUUUUGAAGCUGAAAAAAAACAACUUUGUAAUAUUGUUACUAAAGUGUCUCGAUUCUUGAAAUGCUAAGCUUUAUGUGUUAACUCGCUGAUGUUGCUUACAUUAGUGUGAAAAUGAUCUACAGAGAAAAAAAAAACUAUUCACAAACAGCAGAUUGGUGGUUGGUGAUGUUUAAGUGAUUCGCAAUGUAAACAAAUGAAUGGGCAAUAAAAUAAAAUGGCAGAAUGGAGCAUACACGCGGUAUGUUGUGAUGUAAUUGUGGACAACACCACUGACCAUUUACAUUGCUUCUGCUACUCCAAUACUACUACUACUACUACUAUUACCACUAACUCUACAAUAACUCGUCCUCACUUUGUGCAGUGGAGAGCAACGUUUCCACACGUGUAAUAUCCAACAGCUCCUACAGAAACAGCCAUGUCACAUCCUCCUCUAUGUAGUAGGUUUGGUCCCUGCAGAGUGCACCAGUGUGAUUGUAUUUAAGUAUGAAUGUAAAUGUGGAGAUUCACUGUGUAAUAUACUAAGUUUGGGAAGAACAUGUAUAACUGUAGAAUCUUAAUUACUCAUAGGAGGCAAUGGUCUAAAGUGUGUGUGUGUUUUCCUUCCCCUAUUUUUAAUUUGUCUCUGUACUUUAUUUUAUUUUUCAAAACUCUUAACUCCCCCCUACUUAUCUUCUGCCUUAAAAGAAUAGUUAAACAUUUUGGGAAAUUAGCUUUUUCGCGUGUUAGCUUAGCAUAGCAUUAGCAUCAUAACAUAAAGCUACAGCUCGUAGUUUUUACGCUUUGGCUUGUGUACAAAUUACAAAAGGAACAAGUAACUUGUUAAUUAGUGAGCUUUAGAGGUGUUAGUCGGCAAAUUCUGGACAUAGCUGGAUUAGCUAUUUCUCCACCUCCUCCAGACUAUGCUAGACUCAAACAAUCUUAAACCAGUUAGCUUAGUAUCAAGACUCGAUACGGGAAAAUGGCUAGCAUGGCUCUGUCCAACGCUAACAAAACUUGCUGACCAGAACCAAAGCCUUGUAUCUCAUUUGUUUAAUUCAAUCAAAAACCAAAGGUUAAAAGCAACACGUUGCAGUGUUAUGGGCCAGACUAUUUCUUGGCUCGGAGCAGUGACUUCCUGAAGAGUAUUCUGAGAAUAAGUUGUUCGAAUAACCCGAAAGUAGGCCACGUGCUGCUUACUAGCCUCUCUUCGAUGGCUUUGACAAAAAAUUACUGGUUCAUGGAAAUGAAUAAUAGUUAUUUUUUAACAUUUUCAUUUAUCAUUGUUGAAGGCCUAAAAUGAUUUACAUUGUUCGUUUGUAAAAGUGUGUAGCUCAUACACAGAAUAAAAAAAUGUAGUCUGUUAACAUUUCGUCAACUAAAAUGAGCGCUAACCUCUAUGGCCUUGCACCUUUUCGUCUUAAUUUUGCUAAACCUAAACAGUAGUGGCUAGUUUUGGGUUUCCUUAGCUAAGCUAGCUAUUGAUUCCAAAUCAAAAUACGAAAAAGCCUCGGAGGAAAAUACAGAAUUUGAUAGAGGGUGGACAGAUGUGUUUGCUUUCACCACCAACGCUCUGAAAUUUAAAAACCUAAGUAGUCUAUUUUAAAUCUUUUAAUGAUGUCCAUAGGCUAAUUUAGUUCCUUCCAUCGUAAGACUCGAAUGUGCUGUUUCACAUGCUAGCCUUUUUCAAUCUUUAUGCUAAGCUAAGCUCACCAGCUUCAGCCUCAAGCUUUACACUGCUCCACAGAUACAAGAGUGGUAUUGUUAUUCUCAUCUAACUCUCAAUGAAACAGUGAAUAAGCACAUUUCCCAAAAUGUCCGAACAUGUCUUCAACUAUGGCUGAAGUGUUUUUGAUGUCCCUUCUGGUCUUCAUCCAAAAAGAGACUCCAUUGCUCAUGUGAGAAUGUUAUUUCUGGCUGGCCUUUUCUACCAGUUUAUACAGCUGAUGCUAAUACCAACCCCCUCAUGUCUUUAAACUAGUCCCACUCUUUCCUCUCUUCCAGGGCUCUGUAUUAUUCACCACCAUACCACCAAGUAUUUAUCUAUCUCCUGGCCUUUUUUUUAAGUUUAUCUUUCACGUAACAAAACAAUUUAUACCUGAACUAUAACACAACGUGUAUGUGCAAAUGAAAAAUAUCAUGAUUUGGAUGAUGGCAACCAUUUUAUAUAUUCCUCUCUAUAGAUAUACGUAUGUAUUUCAUGUAACUAGACUUGGGUAGUAUACUGUAUAUUCACUUCUGCUUCAUGGGCGUUCUCUGGGUAGGUAAACACUGUCAGUCUCGUCAUGUUGUGAUCUCAAAAUAGAUGAAAAAAAAAAAUGGUAAUGUGCUUUUUUUUCACAAACAUCCCACUACUUUUGAAAUGUACAUUUGUUUUUUUUUAUUAAGGCAUCUGUGCUUUUGUUUUCUAGAUUUUUUUAUUUCCUGACUUGAACACUGGUUCUAUCUUGGCGAGGCUUUUGAGAUUGUUGACUUGGUCUCAACUUUUUGCAGUAUAACUGUGAUUUGAAAACAUGGAGCUCAAUGCUGCUAAUGCUUACUACUGCUUCAGAGUUUGUAGUUUCCACCUUAAUUUUUCCUUUUUCUGUACUAAUAAGCAAAUCUUAUUAAACGUAGUUGUAUGACCCUG